AUGGAAAAAAUGUGCGAUAACCUAAACCUAAAUCAGCACGUCGAUAUUAACAUCUUUGCCUUUGGCUGUGCACCACAUAUACUAAAUUUGCUAUCUAAAGAUUUGUCAGUGCGUGAGGUCAAGGAACAAGUAGUUCAUGUCGUGAAAUAUUUUCGCAAUAACCAUUUUGCGAAUGCUAAAUACAAGAAAGAGCAGGGAAAACAGCUGAUACUUCCCCAAGAUGUACGUUGGAACACAUUUACUGACUGCUUGGAAAGUUAUCUUGCAGCAUGGCCUAAGUUGAUAAAAAUUUGUGAAGAAAACAAAGAGAACAUUGACAGAGUCGUUGCACAAAAACUGAGUAAUAUAAUCAAAAGAUCGGCAGAAGAUAUGUUACAAAUAUCAAAACCGAUAUCAGUUGCACUUGAUAGGCUCCAAGCAAGCUACGCAAUACUCAGUGACACAGUUCAGUGCUUCAUAGAGUUAGAGGCCACAUUUGGUAGUAACGGAGCUUCUGCGGAACAGAUUAAUGCUUUAAAAAUGAGAAAAAAUCAAGCAAUCACUCCAGCACAUUUGUUGGCGUUUCUAAUAGAUCCAACAAAAAAUAACCACAAAUUGACAACUGAAGAACGUGUUUCAGCCAUGGACUUUGCCUUAAAAUAUUAUCAAAAUAUUGGACUGCUACCGUUAAUAAUUAAAUAUGAAGCCAAAUCUGAGUCUUUCACCGAGAUCAUGUUCACCGAAGAGAUUAAAAAAUUAAUAUUAGCAGAAGAUUUUGUAGAUGAUAUGCAAGCUAUGACAACUUCUAUAACGAAUGAACAAUGUUGUAACAAUACUGAAGAUUGUCUUGGUAGUACGCAAUUGGCUAAGAGAAGAUAUUAUACAGAUGAAGAAUUAUUGCGGUAUUUAGAAAAUUCAGAUGAAGAACCAUUUAGUAGUGGAAGUGACGAAGAAUAUCAGCCCAACGAUGAAGAUGAAGACAUCGAGGAAUCCGAGGUAAUUACAGAUUUUAUAGCAAGUCGUAUUAUUGUCGCUGACAACUAUUAUACCAGUUUGCCAUUGGCUGAGUAUCUAAAAGGUCGCAAUACUGAUUUAUGCGGUACUUUACGUAAAAAUAAAAGAAAUUUGCCAGAAGAAGUAGUAAAAGCGAAGCUAAGAAGGGGAGAACAAAUAGCUAGACAAAAGGACAACCUCUAUACUGUACUAAAAUGGCAUGAUAAACGCGAUGUCCUUAUGAUCUCAACCUGCCAUGGAGACGGUAUGUCUAACGUCACUACCAAACGCGGCGACAUUAUGAAACCUGAUGCAAUCAUCGAUUACAAUGAUGCCAAAAAAGGCAUUGACAUUUCAGAUCAACUUGCUUCCUUUCAUUCGCCGUUACGUAAAAGUUUAACGUGGUACAAAAAGAUAGCAAUAGAUUUCCUAUUUCAAGUCGCCAUUAUCAAUGCCAGAUGCAUCUACAACGAGUUGGCAGACGGUCUUAAGUUGACAGUUUUACAAGUCCAAGAACAUCUAGUCCGACAUUUCCUUGGACCUGUAGCAUCAACCACAGAAAGAAAUCAACCUCAAAAAUCUUCCAUCUCCUGUAGCUCUCCAAGAUCUUCAAUAGCUUCUUCAAGUAAUUCUGGACAUUCUCUACAAGAAAUACCUCGAAAGGCACAAUCACCGAAAGGUGCUAUGUCAAAUUGA